GUGGGCACAGGUGGGUGGCACUGGUGGACACAGGUGGGUGGCACUGGUGGGCACAGGUGGGUGGGCACAGGUGGGUGGCACUGCUGGGCACAUGUGGGUGCACUGCUGGGCACAGGUGGGGGCACUGCUGGGCACGGGUGGGCGGAGCUAGUGGGCGCACUGCUGGGCGGAACUUGCGGGUGUCACUGCUGGGCACCGAUCAUCAGGGCACUGAUCAUCAGUGCCCUGACGAUCGGUGCCGAUCCCCGCUCUGACAACUGCCGGUUCUCGGCAGUACUUUCCUCACGGUCUGACAGCGUGAGGAAAGUGCAGCCGAGAACCGGCACUUGC